GUGAGCAUACUAUUGAAGUCCUUAUCCGAACUUUGUAAUCAGAUGUCAUAGUGGAGGCUUGUCUCCAUUGUCAUGGUAACACUCCCUCCGUAGUCGUAGCAACGCUGACAUCAAUAUGCCUGAGGGACCGGCCGGCGUCUACCCGGAGACGCGCCAGUCACGUGACAAGAGGUUCAGCCGCCUACUUUGCAUAUUCUCCGUCAUUGGGAUUGUCAUCUUUGUCGCUGUCGUGGCUAUGACUGUGGCAUUGUCGUUGUCAGAGCAGAGUGUGUCGCCGACCACGAUGGCACCAGAUUUGUGUGCAGGCUCAGGAGUGGUUCCCUGCGAUAAUGGAGAUUGUAUUCCUGUUGAUAAUUUGUGCAACGGUUUCAAGGACUGUAGAGACAACAGUGACGAAGUUGACUGCAUAUGACGUCAUCAAAGCUCUCCACCAAUUAUUCCUCCAAGUCGGACAUCCCAGGGUGUAUUUCAUUUCAACCUCUAGCUCAAACAGUGGUGCCGUGCAUCUUGAACGUCGAUGGGAAAGCGGUUGCGAUGACAUAAACCUUUCUACGCUUGGUUGGCAAACUGCACAUUUUGCCAACCACGGGUUGCAAAACUAUGGAAGGUCCAACACUGCAAAAAUGAAGAAGAGUUUUUACAGAAAACCAUGAUUAUUGGAAAUACAACACUGUCAACAAACAUAAUUCCUUACACAAUUUUUACUGUGUAUUGAGGGCGUUGUAUGAGGACUUUUUUUGAAAAAAAAUGUUGUCAACCAGGCUUCAGUUGAUGCGCUUGUGUGGCAGCCCAUAUAAAAAGCAACAAGUUUACAAACAAAAGAAAGGUGUAUGAAACAAUCGCACCAAUCGUCGCAUGCGCAAUGCACCUCGGUGGUCACGUGCUUCGCUUGAUGUAUUUUUGCCCAUAUAAAAAUACUGUAGUUCGUUCAUUGAUAUUACAUAUUUUAUUCUGAUUAUCAAACGUA